AUGAUGCAGACAACAUCGAAUGAGGACUUGAACUUCUUGAAGGGAACAUCUGUGGCCAUUGAGAGAUUGUUAAGCUCUGCCAAAUUGACUCCCGUCAUGUUCGAAGCGAUCAUGUUCCUCAGCACGAACCGAUUGUUGUCGGGUGUAAACCUUGUAGCCAAGGCCAUCAGAGAGGCACACGCUGAUGAGCGAGGAUAG